AUGUCGGUGAAAGCAUUGAUCGUUGUAGAUAUUCAGAAUGAUUUUUUGCCUGGUGGACCAUUACAGGUCCCUCAUGGAGACGAGAUCAUCCGGCCUGUGGUCAAGCUAAUCGAAGAUACAGAGCAGAAUUGGCACAGGGUUAUCAUGACCAGGGACUGGCAUCCUUACGACCACAUUUCCUUCGCUAGGACACACAAGAAACCUGAUUUUUCUCCUAUAACCUACAAAUCGGUUAUCCCAAACGACGAUUCGACCAAACAGGGCACUCUGUGGCCAGUACAUUGCGUCCAGGAGACUCGUGGCAGCCAACUGGCUGAUCCCAUUGCGGAGGAACAGCAAAAGCUCGGCUGCAAGAUAGUCAAUAAGGGCUACCUCGCGGAUAGAGAGUACUAUUCGGCAUUCAGCGACAUAUGGAACUACCACAGGACCGAGCUGAACAGCUACUUGGACUCUCACCACAUAACCGAUGUCUACGUCGUUGGACUCGCUUUGGAUUACUGUGUCAAGCAUACAGCCAUUUCUGCUGCCAAGCGUGGUUAUAAUACCUAUAUCCUGAAGGACUACACGAGAGCCAUCCACAGCGAUCCCGAGUCUAUGAAGGAGCUUCAGAAGGAGCUCUCCGAAAACGGUGUUAAGCUAAUCUAA